UUUCAAUGCAGUCUUGGGCCUCGGCUAAUCAGAAACAUCCAGAACGUGCGGCUGGUUGGUUGUGUAGCUCAUCGCUCCUGAGAUUAAUUUACUUGUAUUGCCGGAUCUGCAAUGGCUGAUAGCGAUUGGGACACCGUAACAAUCUUACGAAAAAAACCUGAAAAGGCUUCGACGCUGAAAACUGAACAGGCUGUCAACAAAGCCAGGCGUGCUGGUGCAGCUGUGGAAACUUCAACUAAAUUUGGUGCUGCAUCCAAUCGGAGGAACCCCACAACCCUGAACACGGCUCGCCUUGACCGCGAGAACGAAGAACUGAAGCACAGCAAAGUUACUGCUGAUGUUAGCAAGCUCAUAAUGCAGGGCCGCCAGGCUAAAGGAUGGACUCAAAAGGAUCUGGCUACGAAUAUCAACGAGAAGCCCCAAGUCAUUCAGGAGUACGAACAAGGCAAGGGUGUUCCCAACCAGCAAAUUCUUGGCAAGAUCGAACGCGCUAUUGGCAUUCGACUGCGGGGCAAGGAUAAGGGCACCCCUCUCGCCCCCAGAGGCAGCAAGUGAGGAAGGAGCGGUUGUGUCCAUCCCAACCGCAUUGCCCCCUUCACUCAUCAGGAUGUUAGCUUUAGAAUAAGCUUGUGACUUAGCCCUUAACGUCGUUAGUUGUCCUCUGUCUUGUUACUUAUAUUAGCAGCUCAUUACGUGAAAGAAUUUCUAGUUUUGAGAAGAAACUAAUGGGCAUUGAACAUCGGCUUUUGUUGGAAGUAAGAACUGAUUGGGUGUGAAAUUUUUCUGUGUUUCACAAAUACAUUUAGAAUAAAAUAUAUGAUGCUAGCUAACUUCAUUGAAGGCAAGAAGCUGGUGGUUUGAGCUACUUGUUGCUCAAAAUUUCCUUAAGACAUGUCUAAGUUUUGAUGGUCAUUAUUUCUACAGCGCAGCAAAAAAAUAGCCACUCCAACAGCUACUACAGUUGUACCUGAAUCACUUUUUCACAAGUUCUAAAUUGUACCUUAUUCAAAAGGUAUGACACCUUCUAACCUGCUUCAAUUUUUUCGAAUUACACGUUCAAAUUACGGAGAUACUGUAGGCACUUAUUGGUGUGUUUAAUCCUAGUCUUUCUUUAAUCACCUUUAGUCAUGGCAAUUGAGUUUUUAUGCUCUAUCUCCACUUGGAAAUAUGAUCUAAUUUAAGCGAUUUUUACUAAACCUCUGCUUGGCGUAUUUUUAUGUAAUCAAGCGGAGCAACUGAACAGUUCGGCUAACUGUACGAUAAGUCUGCUGCGUGUCGAUUACUAUAUCAUUGUUUAUUUUGAUGAGAUCAUCUUCAAACGUGAUAUCUUUAAGUAAAAACGUUUACGAAAAUUGGUUGUUCAUGUUCUUCAGUUUGAAAGUCAUUCGGAGCUAAGAUUAUCUCGCCAAUAUUACACUUUUAAUUAGUUUCUAUGACAUAGAUGCCUCUUUCCAUUCAGAUUUUAUUAGGAGAAAUUAAUCUCAUGGGGUCGCUGCAAAUUUUUAUUUUCAAUCCAGUGUUGAAGUAAACUUAGACCACGCCUAUGUAUUUAGAUCACACGUAAUUUCCUUGUUAUUAACUUCCUAUUACGUAUCUCACUUAUCUGCCAUUGGACUUAAGUUUCUUUACCUAUUCUUUUAUCAUAGGCACAAAAUGAUCAAUGUUGGAGGAAUUUUUCCAAAAGAUUCUAUAAAAUGUUCAAAAGAUUGAUGAAAAGUUCAAAAGAUUUUAUAAAAUAGCCUUCAUGUCUGAGCGAGGGUAUUUGUGAAUUAAUACGCGACUUUUUUUUUCGAGAACAAGUCACUAGGUUCAGAAGAACAUUUAUUCGACCAUAACUUACUGUAUUGUUAACCUCACUUGUCCGCUUGAGAAAAAUUAAAUCUCUCGCUUCAAUGUCUUGCAACCAAGUCGUGAAAGUGUUUAUUAAUGUAAUCCGCUCAUUAGUUUGAUGAUCUUCAAUUAUCGUGAUACUCAGUAACUGUUGUGUACGCCGAAGCUCAGCUAGUGCUCGACACAGUGCCCGAUAAUUAUGAAUAUGUCGACUAUCCCACUUGAUGUGCUUGAAAGGGUGAUCGCCUCGCUGUGCACUUGCAAAGAACUUUGGGAAAUAUUGUUUAAUCAUUGCCAUGUAUUUUGUUGGAUUUCAUGCACAGGACUAAUCAGCCUCAGUUUUAACGUA